AUGGCAAAUCCAUUAGCCUCAUACCUUGCAGCUAUUCGCAGAACACUUCAGGCAUCACUCUGCCUUCGUAAUUUUGCCUCACAGGAAAUUGAGCGCCAAAACAAGCCCGAAAUUGAAAUCGGCAAGACACCAGAAGUCAUUGCUCGCCCACUUUUGAUUUCUCGUUCACAGUACGAAAAGGUCUACAUCGAAACAGCUAUCAACAGUGUCCGCAUUUCCGUAAAAGUAAAGCAAAUCGAUGAUGUCGACAGAAUUCUUGCAAAAAUGUUCAUGCGCUUCCUUGCUCAGCGUGCUGAUCAAUUCCGUAUCAUCCGUCGUAAACCAAUUGAAGGUUACGAUAUUUCCUUCCUUGUUACAAACGUUCACACAGAACAAAUGAUUCUUUCCAAGUUAAUCGAAUUCAUCAUCACAUUCCUUACUGAUGUCGACAAGGAACUUUCAGAUAUGAAGAUUACACUCACAAAGCGUGCUCGUAACUGCGCUGAGGAAUAUUUGAAGAUUCUCGUCUAA